AUGAAGUGUUUCUCGUGUCUCAACACAAGAACCAAUGACAUGCAUAUCAAUAUUGAUACCCUUUCUUACGUAACCGAUCGUUCCUCAGUUGACACAAGAAGCGAAUCAUCAGGAAGAGGAUCCAAAUCGGGAAUUUUAGUUGAUGGGAAAGUGAAUAGCCCUAAACCCGGCGGUGGCGCAAGGAGUUUCACGUUCAAUGAGUUAGCCGCCGCAACCAAGAAUUUCCGGGAGGUGAACAUGAUCGGAAAAGGUGGCUUUGGAUGUGUCUACAAAGGACGUUUAUAUUCAGGACAGGUGGUGGCGAUCAAGCAAUUAAAUCCAGAUGGGCAUCAAGGAAAUCAAGAAUUCAUAGUUGAGGUUCUCAUGCUUAGCGUCUUUAAUCAUCCAAAUCUAGUAACUUUAAUCGGUUACUGUACUUCUGGUGCUCAAAGACUUCUCGUUUAUGAAUACAUGCCAAUGGGUAGCUUAGAAGAUCAUCUUUAUGAUCUUGAGCCAGAUCAGAAUCCGCUAAGCUGGAACACACGAAUGAAAAUCGCGGUAGGUGCCGCUCGUGGGAUAGAGUAUCUCCAUUGUAAAAUAAGCCCAUCAGUGAUAUACCGAGAUUUGAAAUCGGCAAACAUAUUGUUAGACAGAGACUUUAGCCCCAAGCUAUCUGAUUUUGGACUCGCCAAAGUCGGUCCUGUGGGAAACCGGACGCAUGUCUCGACUCGGAUCAUGGGUACUUACGGUUAUUGUGCUCCGGAGUACGCGAAUAGCGGAAAGUUAACCAUCAAAUCGGAUAUCUAUUGCUUCGGUGUCGUGUUGCUUGAGCUGAUCUCUGGCAGGAAAGCUAUGGAUUUGAGUAGAGAAAAUGGAGAGCGGUACCUUGUUGGUUGGGCUCGACCGUAUCUCAAGGAUCCUAGUAAAUUUGGACAUCUAGUGGAUCCGUUGCUGCGAGGGAGAUUCCCGAGGAAGUGUCUUAAUUACGCUAUUGCAAUAACCGAGAUGUGUCUGCACGAAGAAGCAAACCAACGACCGAAGAUAGGAGAUGUGGUGGUGGCGUUUGAGUAUAUAGCUGCUCAGAGCAAAUCUCAUGAAAGUAGAAGAGCGGCUCGCAGGUCUACGGACUCUGACCGGUCAAGAGGGGAGAGUUAUUGA